UCCAGGUGUCACUAGGCUGCUCGGUGCGGCGCUGGGGAGCAGAGCCGCCGGGAAGAUGUGAACCAGGCCAGCGCUCAAGACCCGUCACAACAAUACCGAUAAUAAAGCCUAUCUGUUCGACACUGAGCGCGCCGACGGACGUACGGUACGGGACGGGAGUCUACACGGACAGCACGUUGAUACGCGGCGUUGUCUCUCCCGUAUCAGCGGAGUAGCGGAGCGCACCGCCCGGAGCAGCCAUCUUUAGUGGGAGAAUGGACGGGGGGGCGACGCGGCGGGCCUGGUCGGGCUGCGGCCGGAGCCUGAGCCGCGGGGGGCCGGGGACGCUGCUCACUCCUCUGCUGGUGCUCUUCUCCGUGGUCGGUCUCCUCUCCGGGACUCCCCGGCUGUCGGAUGUGAAAGACUGCGACAAACCCUGCGUGAACGGCCGGUGCAACACGGCCACUGGCGGCUGUGUGUGCCUUGCCGGCUGGGUGGGGGAGCAGUGCCAGCACUGCGGUGGUCGCUUCAGGUUGACCGGACCUUCUGGGUACCUGACGGACGGACCCGGGAACUACAAAUACAAGACCAAGUGCACCUGGCUGAUCGAGGGACAGCCCAACACCAUCCUCCGACUGAGGUUCAACCACUUUGCCACCGAGUGCAGCUGGGACCACCUCUACGUGUACGAUGGGGACUCCAUCUACGCCCCCCUGCUGGCCGCCUUCAGCGGUCUGAUCAUCCCGGAGCGCUAUGGCAACGAGACCACCCCGGAGGUGGCCUCCGUCUCCGGCUACGCCCUGCUGCACUUCUUCAGCGACGCCGCCUACAACCUGACCGGCUUCAACAUCUCCUACAGGGUGAACUCGUGCCCUAAUGACUGUUCGGGGCGUGGCGAGUGUCGCCCCGGUAACGGGACGGGCUUGGCGGUGCAGUGCGAGUGCGAGGACCAGUGGAAGGGGGAGGCGUGCCAGGUGCCCUACUGCCAGGCCGACUGUGGCUACCCAGAGAGGGGCUACUGCCAGACCAGCAACAAGGCCUGCUCCUGCUACCCCGGCUGGCAAGGUCCCGGCUGCUCCGUGUCGGUGCCGGCCAACGCCUCCUACUGGCGGCGGGAGGAGUACGAGGAGGCGGGGCUUGCGCGGGCCUCCCACCGGGCGCUGGUCCACCAGGGGGUGAUGUGGGUCAUCGGGGGCUACGUCUUCAACACCUCCGACUACCAGAUGGUCAAAGCGUUUGACUUGACCGCCCGGAGCUGGCUGUCCCUGGACGCCAGUGUGAACGUCGUCACGCCUCGCUACGGACACUCGCUCGCCGAGUACGAGGGGAAGGUCUACAUGUACGGGGGGAAGAUCGACUCCACGGGCAACGUGUCCACCCAGCUGUGGGCCUUCCAUGUGCAGAACCAGACCUGGGUGUUGCUGAGCCCGCGGGCCAAGGAGCAGUACGCGGUGGUGGGCCACACGGCCCACGUGGUGCCCCCGCUGGCGGACCAGGAGGAGGGCGGCGGGGCCGGGGGCGCCGUCAUGCUGGUGCUGUUCGGACACUGCCCGCUCUACGGGUACAUCAGCCAGGUCCAGGAGUACGACAUCGCCAGGAACUCGUGGCGCAUGGUGUCCACGGACGGGGCCCUGGUGCAGGGGGGCUACGGCCACAGCAGCGUGUACGACCCCGCCUCGCGCUCCAUCUACCUGCACGGCGGCUACAAGGCGUACAGCGCCAACAAGUACGGCCUGGCCGGAGACCUCUACAAGUACCAGGUGGAGGGCAGCAAGUGGACCAUCCUGCGGGACAGCGGCUUCUACCGCUACCUGCACUCUGCGGUGCUGAUGGGCGGGGCCAUGCUGGUGUUUGGCGGGAACACGCACAACGACACGUCCAUGAGCCACGGCGCCAAGUGCUUCUCCACGGACUUCAUGAGCUACGACCUCGGCUGUGAUGAGUGGAAGGUUCUCUCUCGACCUGAUCUCCAUCAUGACGUCAACCGCUUCGGUCACUCUGCGGUCUUCAGCGACGGGGUGAUGUAUGUGUUCGGAGGGUUCAACAGCCUGCUCAUGAGCGACGUGCUCGUGUACACCUCCCCCAACUGCUCCGCCUACUCAAGCCCCGCCUCCUGCGGCCAGGCCUGGCCCGGGAUUCGCUGCGUGUGGAACGACACGUCGGAGGCCUGCCUCCACGCCCACCUGCAGCCCUCGGCCGCCUGCGCCGGGCGCACGUACCCAGAGAGCGAGCGCUGUGAGCAGUACACCGACUGCUACAGCUGCACCGCCAACACCAACGGCUGCCAGUGGUGCGCUGUCAAGUGUCUGUCGCUGGGCAGCAACUGCUCCUCGUCCUCGGGGGCCGUGAGCGAGUACGACGGCUGCCCCAAGGACAACGCCUCGUUCGUGUGCAACAAGAAGACCAGCUGCAAGAGCUGCUCCUCGGACCAGAACUGCCAGUGGGAGCCACGCAACCAGGAGUGCAUCUCCCUGCCAGAAAACGUGUGUGGCGAGAGCUGGCAUCUGGUGGGCAACUCGUGCCUCAAGUUCCUGACGGCGAAGGACUCGUACGACAACGCCAAGCUGGCGUGCCGCGGGUACAGCGGGGUGCUGGCCUCGCUCACCUCCCCCAAGGAGGUGGACUUCGUCCUGAAGGAGCUGCAGAUCAUGAGCGUGGUGUACAAGGCGCUGGUGACCCCCUGGGUGGGCCUGAGGAAGAUCAACGUGUCGUACUGGUGCUGGGAGGACAUGUCGCCCUUCUCCAACACCAGCCUGCAGUGGCUGCCCGGGGAGCCCAGCGACGCCGGCUUCUGCGGCUACCUGGCGGAGCCGGCGGCUAGCGGCCUGCGCGCCCAGAGCUGCAUCAACCCCGUCAACGGCAGCCUGUGCGAGCGCCCCGCCAACCACAGCGCCAAGCCGUGCCGCACGCCGUGCGCCAUGCGCACCAACUGCAACGAGUGCACCAUCAGCAGCUCGGAGUGCAUGUGGUGCAGCAACAUGAAGCAGUGUGUGGACUCCAACGCCUACGUCGCCUCCUUCCCCUUCGGCCAGUGCAUGGAGUGGUACACCCUGAGCACCUGCCCACCGGAGAACUGCUCGGGGUACGGGACCUGCUCCCAGUGCAUGGAUCAGCCGGGCUGCGGCUGGUGCACCGACCCCAGCAACACGGGCAAGGGCCAGUGCAUGGAGGGCUCCUACCGGGGGCCCUUCCAGACGGAGGUGCCCGCCCCCUCCAGCCUGCCCGGCAUGGCGCCCGGCCUGCAGGUGGCGCUCAACGCCAGCAUGUGUCCCGGCCAGGCCAAGUACAACUGGUCCUUCGUCCACUGCCCAGCGUGCCAGUGCAACGGCCACAGCCAGUGUGUGAACCAGAGUGUGUGUGAGAAGUGCGAGGACCUCACCACCGGAACCCACUGCGAGAGCUGCGUCUUCGGCUUCUUCGGCGAACCCACCAACGGCGGCAGCUGCCAGCCGUGCCGGUGUAACGGCCACGCUGGCAUGUGUAACCCCACCAACGGAAAGUGUUACUGCACCACCAAAGGCAUCAAGGGAGACCGCUGCCACCUGUGUGAAGUGGAGAACCGUUACCAAGGCAACCCCCUGAAAGGAACCUGCUACUACACGCUGCUCAUCGAUUACCAGUUCACCUUCAGCCUAUCCCAGGAGGACGACCGCUACUACAUCGCCAUCAACUUCGUGGCCACGCCGGAGGAGCCGAACCGCGACCUGGACAUGUUCAUCAACGCUUCCAAGAACUUCAACCUGAACAUCACCUGGGCCACCAGCUUCACAGCUGGGACCCAGAGUGGGGAGGAGAUCCCCAUCGUCAACCGGAUCAACAUCAAGGAGUUCAAGGAGAGCUUCUCCAACGAGAACUUUGACUUCCGCAACAACCCCAACAUCACCUUCUUCGUCUACGUCACCAACUUCACCUGGCCCAUCAAGAUACAGAUUGCCUUUUCGCAGCACAGUAACUUCAUGGACCUGGUGCAGUUCUUUGUCACAUUCUUCAGCUGCUUCCUGUCUCUGCUCCUGGUCGCCGCCGUCGUCUGGAAGAUCAAACAGAGCUGCUGGGCGUCUCGGCGACGAGAGCAACUGCUGAGGGAGAUGCAGCAGAUGGCCAGCCGACCCUUCGCCACCAUCAACGUGGCCAUGGAGGUGGAGGAGGAGCCGCCCGACCUGGUUGGAGGAAACGUCAAGAGCAUGCCUAAGCCCAUCGCCCUGGAGCCCUGCUUCGGGAACAAGGCGGCCGUCCUCUCCAUCUUCGUGCGGUUACCCAGAGGCUCCGGGGGCAUCCCGCCCCCCGGCCAGUCAGGCCUUGCGGUGGCCAGCGCCCUGGUCGACGUGUCCCAGCAGAUGUGUCUGGGCUUCAAGGAGAAGUCCGGAGGCCUGCGGAGCCGCAAGCAGCAGCCCAGCGCACAGCCCUCCACCUGCAUCUGACCACGCCCCCCCCUGAGCCCCGCCCCCCCCCUGAGCCCCGCCCCCCUGCCCCGCCCCCGCCUCCCCCCCGCCCGCACCCCGACCACCGGACCGGCCGCACGGCACCGGCGGGAGGUGCAUGCUGGGAUGUCCCGCACAGGAACUUCCUGGGUGGUUGGGGGGCGGGGGGGGGGGGGGGAGGGGGGGGGGAGGUGGUGUGGGCGGGGCUUGUUGCAUGUAGGACUCCAUCCAGCUGCUGCUCCUUAGACUGAUUGACAGGAACUGGAACACGGAAGGGGUGUUGAGGAGGAGGAGGAGGGGGGACAGGAAGUGAAGACCCUCACCCGACCCCCGCCUGGAGUUACAAAAAAAGAGGACCAGUGAGGGGCCAGAGGAGCCCUGCUGCGAGCGGGGGCGGGGCCUCGCCGUUUUCCACGCGGUCCACAAGACUGUACGACCGGCUGGCGCUCCCUGAACUUAACUUAUUACCCUUUACCCGCCGCUCACUACCGCUGUUUGGGUUACCACACACACACACACACACACACACACACACACACACACACACACACACACACAAAUAUGCGCCAACACACACACAGAUGAACAUACUCUACCCCGGACAGUUCAGAGCCUGCCCUGUUCUGCCAGCCAACGGUUCACCGAUGGACGGACGGACAGACAAAGUGUGCACACUUACACUUUCUCGAACCGCACGCGCUCUCUCUCUCUCUCUCUCUCUCUCUCUCUCUCUCUCUCUCUCUCUCUCUCUCUCUCUCUCUCUCUCUCUCUCUCUCUCUCUAACACACACAACCAUGUAACCACGCACACAGCCUAGCCUCAGCCCGUGGUUUUACAGAGAAGAACCACAACGAGGCCUCUCGUUGUUGUUUAAUGAUGGCCGCCGCCGCGCUUUAAAUGUAGCUGGACGCAGCGCGGAGCUACGGCCCCCAGUCCAGCGGCCGGCGACGCCCACGGGGAACCCCUCCCGUGCCGGGGCCCGCGAGGAGGGGUUGGCUACGGGGCCAAUUCCUCACCAUCACAGCCCCUGACUUGUCCACAACCGCUAAUUGCUCCCAGAAUGCAACGCUGUCCGUCUGCGCUCCCGGCACUCUGAAACCCUUCAUCUCUGAGCUCACCCUGUGACGGGGUGGUGGUGACGGAGGCGAUGGUAUUGGUGGUGUAGGAGGGGAUGGUGAAGAAGAAGGUGGAGGAGGAGAGGGACCCGUAACAGGCUGGGAUGAUGGGUGGAUCCGGUGGGAUGGGGGGGCCAAGGAGGAGGUCCCAUGCAGAAGUAUUGCCGUCUUUUGUUGAGCGGUUGAACUCAACGGGGGUGGGGGGGGGGGGGGUGUAUGUGCAGGGGGGGUCGGCUUGUUUAUCUGGAGGGGAGAAAGGAACACAAGGAAACAAAGCGUGCGUUCGAUUCCGGCGCACCCCUGGACUAUUGUCAAUUUUCUUCCCGCAAAUGGAUGGGUUUAUUGGAUUUACCUCGGCUGCUGUUUCCCUUCAAUCACAACGCCAUUUCAGACGGCGGCCGUUACUGUCAUGAAGGGGGGAGGGGGGAGGGGGGAGGGGGCGAGUGGGAGGAACGAAAACAUUCGAGGCACAGAGAAAAACGGUUUCAAAAGAAGGACAUAAAAAAAAGAAAGCGGUUCUUCAAAAAACGAGAACUACUUUCUGAAAUGUCGGCCGCGGUCGCGGGGACGUGGGCGGCCGAGCGCGCCGCGGAGCGCUUGUUUUCCUCGCCUUGUCGGAGCGUUUGCUGUUUUUCCUGUUUUCGUCCCCCCCUCACUUCCCCAAUCCCCCUCCUUUGACAAAUGAACCCGAGGGAAUGGAAGCGUGCUGCUGGCCAGGGUGAUGCCGCGUGCAUGUGCGUGCGUGCGCGUGUGCGCGUGCACACACCGCCGGCUCCAGCGCUGGCGUUUGCGCGGCCCGCUAAUGCUAGCGCGCCGCGGCGCCUUGCCCUUCGCGGGGCUCAUGAGGGAUUAAUGGCUAACGUGCGCGGCGGCGCUAAAGGUCACGCUUUUAGCGCACGGGGGGGGGGAAAGGUCGGAGGGAGAGCGGGAACAAAAAGGUGACAUUCUGAUAUUAAAUGAAUUGGUGUUGGGGGGGGGACGACUCCCUCCAUCUGCCCCUCGGGUAGGCCCCCUUUCUUCCCCAUCCCCCCCCCCAUUUCCUUCAUCUCCUCUUUCCCCCCACAUCUUAUCCCUCCCCCUUCCACCCCAUCUCCCCCGUCACCCUCAUCCCCCCAUUUCCUCACUCUCCCCAACCCCCCCCCUCCUCCUCCUCCCCCCCCCCCCCCCCCCCCCCCCAACCGCAUCGCUCUCUAUGGCUGCCCGGGAGCUCUUGAGCAAGACCGACAUGUUACCUACGAUUUUAGGUUACAUUUCCUCACAGUGAAUCCAGAAUCCAGCCCUCCCACGAUCGUUCCUGAUUAUAUUCCAUGCUCAAUUAUGUGUGUGCGUGCACACACACACACACACACGCACACACACAAGCUACUCAUCCUAAUUUCCAAGCUGGGAAUCGAUGCUCUCCAUCUCCUCGCGCAGAGAUCGAUGACCCGUUUCCUGCCGCAGAGGAAGAAGGCGAGGGCAGGGGGCGGGUGUUUUGUGCGUGCGUGUCUCCAGCGUGUGCGCGUGAGAUCAACACUGGAGGUCUUCCACGGGGGAGCAGGAUUUCUGGGUAUGAAUGUACAAUAAAUGAUGCUCGCCAAGCACAAACUCUUCAGAACAUUCGGGCUCAUGUUAGCAUUGUUAGCCUAGCAGCCUUUGUCUGUGGCUGGUUAAGGGGGGGUUUCGAACCAGCAGCCAACGGCCCGUCUUACGGUGGCGUGUGAAGCGGUUGAUAUAACUGGUGCAGUGUCUGGCCUGCCUUGCUCAGGGGCAACGCACCACACCCACAUAAACCCCGAUCCACAGCAUGUCCGGGAGCGCCGUGGUAACGCCGGUUAGUCUAGGUUUAGUUUCUGGAGUUUGUCGGGGAAUUCAGGUGGUUAACGCUGGCGUUUUGUACGUCCCUUAAUUGAUUUUGACGUCAUAUUUAAUGUUGUCCACAUGCGGAAACACUUCCUUGUUCAUGAAUCAUGGUCAUGAGACUUCACUGAGUGUUUAUGAUUCUGCCGCCAUUUUGAAUACCUGGGCUGAAUAUAAACUGCAAUUUCUGUUCAGUUCUGGUCGACUGACAAAAAAAAACUUCAUUAGAAGAUCUACCUUUUUUGGCUGUACAUGGUCAAAUAUAAUUAUGAUUAUUAUAGAUGUAUAUAUGUCUUGAGAUUUUAAAUACACACAAUCAAAGUCUUUCGGAGUGACUGAAAUUAUUCGGUGCAAAUACAGCUAGCUAAUGCUAGCGACUAUAGCGGGCAUUUUAAACUGUCAGUUGGUACUCAAGAUGGCGGCCGUACUACAUUAGCUUACACGCAGCAGCGGUUCCUAAUGACCCCUAAUCAUUCAAUGCCUCAGAUGACGGCAAAUUGGUAGCAUACAACGCCGUAAACACUAGCCUAACUUAUUCUAAUCCCUUUCCUCAGUAUCUGGGGGAAGAAAAUUCAACUCAAAUAAUGUCUCCCUCUUCUUCCACCAUCUCCGAGGCUAGGAUUAACGGUUUUACAAACACUACAUCCCCCUUACGAAAUCUCCCUCCGUGUACGCGAGUAAUAGCCUACAAUGUAAAUACAACAGCCAAAUCGCCCUUAAACUGAAGUUGACUUGAGAAGAUGAUGACAAAAGAAAAUAGAAACACGUACUUUAAGCACUAGCACAGUAUUGAAAUGUUGUUCUGAUAUCUACCAUGGGGUUCAUACACUGGAAUGAGGCCAUCCUGCCUGGAUAUGUUUUCUCCCUUAGGACAGUGGCAUUAUAUUAUACAGAGGGAGUAGUUUGUCAAUAUGUAUAAUUUAGCAGCGAUGCGCAUUUGGAUUUUAUGUUUAUUUUUGUAAAUAUCGAGAAGGUAUUGUGAAUGAACAUUUGUUGAAUGGUUUUUUUCUGAAGCCAUUUACGGCGAAAGACCCUGCGGCUUUUGAAAAUGUGAGUACUCUACAUAGCAUAUUUUGUAUGUAAAGCGGCAGCGUUUAAAAAACUAUUAUUAGAAGCUGAUGAAACUAUGUAAAACCUGAGGAUAGCUCACUGAACCUGUAAUUACAAAUGUACAUAACAGAAUGGCAGAACAUUUUUGUCUAUUAUUAAAUGUAAACAAUACCA